AUGGCCAGCGCCGUGUCAUCCCUUCAUCACGCCGGGUCAGGCAAUGAACGCUUCAACGCCGAAGCGGCCUCGUGGGACCGCAACCCCUUCGUCCACCGCGCGAGCAAGUGUGCGGCGAGUGCGAUCAUCCCGCGGUUCCCAGCCUUGAAAACCCCACCGGGCCCCGACGGCCUGGAUAUCCUGGAGAUCGGCUGCGGCACGGGCUUGCUCUCGUUCAUGCUGGCGCCCUAUGCCCGACGUCUGGUCGCCGUCGACGCCGCCGAGGGCAUGAUCGACGUGCUCAAGACCAAGCUGCAGACCACCCCGGGGGCGCCGCAGAACAUCGUCCCCGUGGCGGUGCUGUUGGAGGAUCCGGAGGACAAACAUCUCCCUCCCGCCAACGACAAGGACCCGGACGGAAAGAGGCUCAAGUUCGACUUGAUUACCUCGCACCUGGUCCUGCACCACAUCCCGGACCUGAAGGCCGUGCUGACCACCAUGCUCGGCUGCCUCAAGGACGGUGGCAGCCUGGCGUUGACCGACUUCGAGGACACGGGCCCGGAGUCGAAGCGGUUCCACGCUCAGUCGAGGAUGGGCGGCGUCGAACGACACGGCAUCAACCGCGCCGCGAUGGAAGCCCUGUUGAACGAGGUCGGCUUCGUCAACGUCCGCGUCGAGACGGCCUGGAGCAUGGACAAGUCCGUCGAGAAGUUCGAGGGCGAGUUUGGGGACGCGGGCAGACCGGGCGAGGGCCAGGGCGAGAUUCGCAGCUUUCCCUUUGUCUUGUGUACAGGUGAAAGGAAGUUCUGUCAGUGA